UAAAUACAGUGGAUUUAUUACGUUUUCAUCGACGCGGUUGUGUGGUUUGCUUUCAAAUGAUCAGUAUUGCUAAUCAAAAAUUACACAGGGACUUUGCGAAGUAGAUAGAAGCAGUGCAAGGGAUCAAGUCGCUUCGAAAAGGCGACUUGAUCUGACAGAAACUGUAGCUAGCAAGCUAACGUUAGCUUAUCUCGGUAAACGUAAAUCUGUCAAAAGGGAUGCCGCUGCAAUCCAAGUCAGACGGAUUCAGGGGAUCUUUGGACUUGAUGUCGUCUCAUUUAAUCGGCAUAAGAAGUGUUUCGAUAAAAGCUUUAACGAUAAAUCAAUCUCGUACGAGUAUCUUUUUAAAUUGCUGAAGUUUAGGGACUAACUGCUCUGACACAGUCAGUGCUUGCUAGCUAACUUGCAUAACAACAACAAAUCUGUUGCGCGUCGUUACCCGCUAAGAGAAACAUCAUCAGUGAAAUUUGUAAAGACAUUUCAGUUUCACAAAGAGCGUCGACGCGUUAUCUUUGGCAGCAAUGAAACUGUUAGAAAACAGCAGUUUUGAAGCCCUGAGCUCUCAACUCUGUGUUGAAACGGGAGAGUCUCGCAUCCUUGGAAGGAUCGAGAGCUACUCCUGCAAGAUGGCUGGUGAUGACAAGCACAUGUUUAAGCAGUUCUGCCAGGAAGGGGAACCGCAUGUCCUAGAGGCCCUCUCGCCCCCCCAGUCCAGCGCCACCAGCCCACCCCAACUGGGGAAGAGCAGUGAGGAUGGUGAGAACCCUCUGAGUGACAAGUGUUGCAGGAAGACGUUGUUCUACCUCAUCACCACGCUCAACGAGUCAUUCAGGCCCGACUACGACUUCAGUGCAGCUCGGGGCCACGAGUUCAGCCGGGAGCCCAGCCUCAACUGGGUGGCGAAUGCAGUAAACAGCAGCCUGUACUCAUCAGUUGGAGUGGAGUUCAAUUCCCUGGGGCCAGAGCUGUGGAACUUCAUCGACCAGGAAAUUAGCCUGCAGGAAUGUGACAUAUACAGCUACAACCCUGACCUGGACUCAGACCCCUUUGGUGAGGAAGGCAGCCUCUGGUCCUUCAACUACUUCUUCUACAACAAGAGGCUGAAGAGGAUUGUAUUCUUCACCUGUCGCUCCGUCAGUGUCCUGAGUGGGUACGGCCGCGGUUGUCUUGACAAUGAGUUGGACAUGGAGCUGAAUGAUGAUGAGGAGAUAGAGGGAUUCACUGAGGACAGGUUCCCCAAAGCUCUCUGUGUCUAACGCUCUCCCGAUGGAAGACAAGCCCAUGCAGGCCAAAUAUGUAGGCCUAUACAUCCUCCCCGUUUGUUUUCUUUUCAUCUGUUUUUUUUUUCUCUCUGUCUCAAUGUUUUGUAGAGCCUGAGCCAGAAAGCCGUUUGCUCAUUUAGAGGAAGGAUAUCCCGACAAGUGCAUGUUUCACAUCAGCUGGAUCAAAACCAUACCGUGAAGGACAUUUUUGAAAUGCCCAUGGUAUCUAGAGUCUCCCGUUUACUGUGAUCUUUAUCCUCCAUCAUGGUCCCUGACCUAAGAACUGACCCUAUGCCUGGUCAUUUGAUGGAAGGACCUUCCUCUGAACCGCAAGGCCUUUCGAACCACGUCCUCGACUCCAAACCAGCCUCUGCUUGGACGCUGGACUCUGAAAGAAACCGUCCCAAGACCUAUUGGACUGGUCUUGGAAGUUUUAUGGUCAAGAGAGACCAUGGACAGCUAACCCUGACAAGCACAUUUUCUUUUAUUGAAGAUCCCACCAAAUGUCAGAAAUCACUAAGUGAAGAUGAUUAAGUCCACAGUUCAACUCCGUCAUUAAUGAAAGGGGAGGGGCUAAUUACAUCUGUGUAGGUCCAAUCUCACGCUGCCACACUGGGUAAAGGGUGGUACAACGAGCCAAUCCGAUUGAGUCUAUCCAGCUGAUUUCCAUUUGACUUUUUCCUCCUAGGUGUGGCUUAUGUUUGACAGUGACGUUACUGUGAGAACUGAACUUUCAUAGCACCGUGUAUUGAAACAUGCAGCAUUAGUAGUUAAACCUUGUAAUAUGUUAUGUUGAAUCUACUGCAAAAAUAAUCGAUUACAAUUUUAUUUUUUUAAAUGAUUAAAUAUCUACUGCACACGA